AUGGCGGACUUUCGCAAACUACUUCCUGGCAGCCUGGCCGACGCUGCAAACCAAGAAGCAUUGACGGUGGAACAAUGCGCAGCCGGGCUUCCUUUUCCCUCAGUCGCGACCGCAGCCGCAGCCAUGCAAGCAGCCAACAUGCAGGCAACCCUCGCCUAUUACUACUCAGCCGCUGCAGUCAACAUGCAAAACAGCUUGGCCCAAAGCUUCCAAGGUCUGCAGGGUUUGCAUUCCGGACUCCAAACACUACCCUACCCCCUCUCCCAGAGCGGCGGCCCGCCGCAGAUCCUGGCCGGGGGCGGGGCAACAGCGCCGUAUGGCAUGGCGGCUCCGCCGCCGCCGCCGCCGCACAUCGGGGCGACCGCGAUGCCAACGGCGACAGCCGCCACAGGCCUGCUGCCGCCGGACGGCGCCGCAGCCGCAGCCGCGGCGGCGGCGGCGGGCGCGCCGCCGCGGAAGAGGGGUCGUCAAGCGGGAUCAGGUUCGGGCGCGUCCGCGGCUGCCAAUGCCGGCCAAAAAGCGCAUAUUGUCCCUGGAAACGGCAGCAAAUUCUUCCCGAAAGAAUCGCAGAUUGACCGCCAGACGGCCUCCAAAUUGGAAGCUCAGUUGCGGCAGCUGGUACCUGCGGAGCAUGGGCUGGACUGGAGCGGUCCCAUCGCCCGAUUGGAGCAGGCCAGUUACCGGGUAGUGGAGGACUUGUUUGGGGAUCUGCAGGAUCCCCUGGAUGAUGUAAUCACAGCACAGAUGCAGGCGCCGUCACGGUACGGCAGCGGCAACGGUAUUAACGGCCUCAACAAUGGUGGCGCCGCCGGGGCCCUCAGUCGCGCGGGCAGUAGCGGCGGCUUCGGAGAUGCUGCGAUGUACGGCAUGACGGCAGCGGCGGCAGGAGCAGGAGGCGGAGGAGGAGGAGAUGGCGGCGGCCCGGGUGAUUCGGCCGCGCCCACUGCCGCCGCCUCCAACCCCCGGCGACUUCGGCAGCUGAACUCCAUGAAGCAAACCUUUCUAUCUGACCUACAUGAGGCCAUAGACGAGCUGGUGCGGCGACGUGUGGAUGCGGACAAGCAGGCUGCUGCCAAGGAGUACGCGGACCGCAUGGCGGACAUCCUGGCGGGCCUCCCACCCGAGCUCGGGAGCAUACCAGAAAAUGUACCGGGAGCCGUACUGCCUGCGGCUGUACUGCACAACAAGGAGCCGUACUUUUCGGUUUCGGAGUGGCGGAAAGUGCCAUUCCCACCUAGGCAAUACGAGACCUUGACGUCGUACGCCAUCCGCAGUACGAUUCCUUCGGAGCGUGCCGUACUGGCGUACAAGCUGCAGACGAAGCGGCCCGACGGCGCUGCGGAGCACUUCACUUUGGAGCACAGCAAGGAACUCGGUCUGGAGGAGUGCAAGCACAAGGAGUCCGAGCUGGCGGCUGCUGUCCGGGCCCGCCGCGUGCUGGUGAUGGGGCAGCACGUCAAGGAGGUCGACUGCUGGGGAAUGGACUGCUACACACGGAGGAAUAUAUUCGACGCGGUCCGAGAGAGCGGCGCUUUCAAGCACUGCCGUACUGGUAGCGGCGGCGUCACGACCACCACCACGACCACCCCUGCCACCGCCAGCCCCGAGCCCGAUGAUCCGGAUAUGGCGGAUACAGCUGCGGGGGCACGAGCCGGCGGCGGCGGCGGUAGUCGGCCGCCCUCUAACGGCUCAAGCCAUGGCGUCAGCGCUGCAGGCGCCGCAGUAACAGUUGGUGGAGGCGGCGGCGGCGGCGGCGGCGGCCUGGCGAACGGGGCGGCGGCGGCGGCAUCGCACAAGCUGAACGGCGGGGAAUUUGGAGGGGGGUUUGGUGGGGGUUUUGCGGGCGCGGCGGCCGGCCCUCUUAAGAAGGAGGAGGUGGCGGAGGUGAUGGUGGGUCCCGGUCUCGGACAGGUGACGGAGUCCACCUUGAACGAUGCCGCCAUCGCGGCGGCGCUGGCGGCGGAGGACGCCGAGGCUAGCGGCGGCGGCAGGGGCAGUACGGCGGGGAAGGCGCGUGGACGCGGCGGGCCGAGGCGGCGUGCGGCAGUGGCGGCGGGGGAGAAGUUGGCGGGCGGGGUGUGUGGGGAGGGCGAAGGAGGUGCAGCAGGGGCCCAGGUGGCGUUGCCGCCGCCGCCACCACCGUGCGACCAGGGGGAGGCGGAGGCGAUCAACGAUUGGAUCGACCGCCACGUGUUGUGUACGGCGAUUGCCAAGGGCCCCGACGGUUGGAACCUGUUGCGGGUUUUGGAGGCCGUACAGGCGGGAGCUCGGGAGCGGGGGGACAAACCCUGCAGCAAGGCAGCCAGCGCUGUCAUGGCCCGCCUUAAGCAGGUACAUGACGCCCCAAAUGUUGGUGGUGGUAACGUUCACAGGAAAGCAGUUGCGUCUCCUGGCUUUGGACUCCAGCACAUCGGUUGGGCUUACUUCCGUCUUCACCCCAAGGGUCGCGGGGUGGUGUGUCAGGCGUCGUUCGCUAGCCGCAUGAGUCACUCCUGCACCCCCAACUGUGCGGCGGUGGUGGUCUCAGUCAACGGGCGCCUCACCAUAGCCAUGUACGCCAAAAGGAGAAUCGAACCUGGCGAGGAGCUCACCUUCGACUACAGCAGUGUCACGGAGAGCGAGAAGGAGUACCGGGAGGCGAUCUGCCUGUGUGGUAGUAGGAACUGCCGGGGGUCGUACUUGUACUACUCAGGAAGUACGGCAUUCACGCAGGUCAUGGAGCAGCGCCACAACUUCCUCCACCGCCAGACCAUAUUGCUCCGGGCCUCCACUGAGCCCCUCCUGGAGUCCGACUGGACCCGCCUGAAGAGCCACUCACUGGGGCCCACCAGCCUGGGGGACGGAGGGCCGGGAAACAAUAAGGCCCCCGAUUGGCUGGUCAAGUGGGCCGCCCUGGUGCUGGAGUACGUGGAGCUGGAGAAGCGGGAGCUGCCCCAGGUGCUGCUGCAGCUGCCGCCCCAGCUGGGGAGGUACACGUCGGAAUCGGCGGCCAUUGAGGCGGAGGCCAUCGCUCAGAACCGUGUCCAGCAGAUUGUCAUCACUCUGGACAAGGUAAAGCAAGUACUGCGGCAGCCGGGGCAGCUGCAGACGGCGCCCAUGCGGCUGUUGUCCGAGUCCGAGGUGGUGGCUCACCUUUGGUCGGGAAGCAACUCCAUUGCCAAGAGGGUCCUUAAGGCCGUCAUGCAAAAGCUGUACGGCCUGUGGACACCUGCCGGAGCCGCCGCUGCGGGCCCUAGCGGUCCCACCACUCGCGGCGGUGGCGGCGGCGGCGGCGGCGGGCAUGAGAGCGGCGAGGACGAUACAUCGCCUCAGCCGGUACGUCGCGGCCGUGGCGGCGGCGGCGGUGGCGGCGGCGGUGGCGGCGGAGGUUUUAGCCUGGGUGACGACGAGGAGGCGCGGUUGGCUGCUGUGCUGCCGGACCGUCUGUCGGAGUUCGCUGCGGGUCCUGAUGCGGCUCGGGAACCCAAGUUGGCGGCGGUGACUAGGCUGGUGGCGCAGAAGGUCAGCACGGCGGAUCAGGCCCGGGAGAAGAUCCUGGAACUGGAGAAGUUGCUCCGAAGCCAGGAUGUGCAGGAUGGAGCGCCACAUCACACGGCGGUGGCUGAUAUGCUGCACAUGUACGGCAAGACCUUGACGUGGUUUACGGCAGAGCGUGGCUACAAAGGCUUUGCCUCUCCGCCCAUUGAGCUGCAUGAGGAGAUGGUGAAGUUGCACCGAGUCAAACUGGCGGCGGCGGGCCGUGGUGCCGGCGGCGGCGGCGGCGGUGGUCGCGGACGCCGGGUCGGCGGCGGCCGCGGCGGGGGUCGACGCAGCAGCGGCGGCGGCGGCGGUGAGUCCUCGCCGGUGUACGGCCCUGCGGGUUGCGGCAGCUCGGACGAGGAGGAGGACGAGCCGGAGACGGACUCGGACGAUUCGGAUCGUGGGGGAAAAAGCGGUGGCAAGGCUCGCGGUGGCCGAGGCGGCGGCGGCGGCAAGGGCGGGCGCGGGGCAGGACGCGGCAGUGGACGCCGUUCCACCGCCACGGCUACACGAGGCGCUGCCGUGGCCGCCACCGGUGCCGGCGGCGGUGGUGACGACGGCGCCGGCUCGCCGUCGCCUCCGAUUCCGCCGGACGCGGAGCCCGGCGCCGCUGAGCCCGACGCGGCCGCCGCCACCGCUGCGGCGGCACCGCGCUACGGGCCCUGGUUCAUGUGGGGUCAACUGUCCGGGUGGUACAAACAGACGGUGUACGACCCGACGGCGUCGCUGUCUGCGGAGCGGCGGGGUACCCUGUCGCUACCUGACGUGGAGAGCUGCUACGGGGCUCGUGCCAAGUACACGUUCAAGGACCGUGCUGCCGUGCUGCGCCACCUGGAGCAGUGUCCAGAUGCCCAGUGGAAGACCUCGCUGCCAUUUGGGUUUCGUAACGACGCCAAGAUUUACGGCAGCCCCAUGUUCGACCAGGUGUAUUUGGAGGCCAUUGGCAGGUCGGACCUGAACCCCAUGCCGGGUGUGCUGGCCCACCUUAAGGCCGUCAAAACACCCCUCAACCCAUCCAAGGCGGGACGAUGA